AUGGGCAAACGCAUCAUCGUUACUGGUGGCUCCGGAAAGGCAGGGCAACAUAUCAUUUCCUACCUUCUGGAAAAAGGCCAUGAUGUUCUCAAUCUCGACUUGAUGCCAUUACCAGGCGACCUGGGCAAGCGAGUUCAUACCCUGCGUGUCGAUUUGACAGAUAGCGGCCAAGUCUAUAGUGCAUUUACCUCGCACUUCCAUCUAACGGAACCUUUCCGUGAGCCGUUACGUCUUCUUCCGGAUGCAGUCAUUCAUCUGGCUGGUUAUUCUCGCAAUAUGAUUGCCCCCGAUAACGAGACUUUCCGCGGAAAUACCUUGUCAACCUACAAUGUAAUCGAAGCCGCGUCUCGACUCAACAUCAAGAAGGUCAUCACUGCUAGCUCUAUUACCGUUUAUGGCGUGAGUUUUGCAGAGGGAGAUGUGGACUAUCCGUCAUACCCGGUGGAUGAAGACGUUGAUGCCAAUCCGAUGGAUACAUAUGCCAUCUCCAAGGUUUGCGGCGAGCGCGUUGCUCGUGGCUUUGCUCGUCGGUUCGGGAACGAUAUUUAUGUCCUUCGUAUUGGCAGAGUGGUCGCACCUGAAGAAUAUAGGGAGGAGAUGUUCGUUGAUUAUGUCAAAAACCCGGAUGCGUGGGCAGGACAUGCUUGGUCGUAUACCGACACGCGAGACCUUGGGCAGAUGUGUGAUCUCGCUGUACAGAAGGAUGGUCUGGGAUUCCAAAUAUUCAACGCUGUGAACGAUGAGAUUACCAAUUACACUACCUCGACAACCGAGUUUCUCAAACGGGUCACUCCAAAUGUACCCUUUACCAGGGAAAUGGGACCGCGAGAUGCCCCGAUAUGCAACAAGAAGAUCAAAGAGAUGCUCGGAUUCAGUCAGAACCAUCCCUGGCAGACGUACUACGAAGAGAGCUCUAAAUAA